CAGAGGGCGUUAAUGUUUUGAUCAAGGACGGAUAAGGCCGGUAGUUGAUGGGACUGAGACUGAGACUGAAGAGUCGGAUGUGAUCAUCAAAAUCAGUUUAUUUAAGUCUGUCACUGAGAAAGUCAAGGAUAGAAAUUGAAAAGUGUAAGACAGACCCUUGAUGAAACAUCUUUGCCUCGAUUUCCAACCGCAUCAUCAAUGCUCCCCGUCAAUAUUUGUCCAAGAUUUCCCCUAAGACUGAAAAUACGAUUGAGCCUGACAGUCCAGACCAAUGCUGAUGACAUUUCUGAGCGGGGUGUACCUACUUAAGGUGUUUCUCCAGGGUGAUCCUGGCGAGACAAUGGAAGAGAAGAAGAUGGAACCGUCUAAACCUCCACCAUGUCCCAGCUGGACCACACAAGAAGAGCUUGAUGGCAUGGCCCUAGAUAUCUAUGACAUCAUCCGAGACAUCCAAGACCCCGAGAAACCAAACACCCUUGAAGAGUUGGAGGUGGUCUACGAGGACGGAGUCACUGUAGCCGCACUUGAGACAGAGGAACAGGGUCACGUGAUCAAUCUUGAAUUCACUCCAACCGUUCCUCACUGCUCCUUGGCAACCCUGAUUGGUCUUUGUCUUAGAGUCAGGUUGGAGAGAAGUCUUCCAAGUAAACACAAGAUUGACAUCAUUGUCAAAAAGGGAACGCAUGCAACUGAGGAAGAAAUUAACAAACAAAUCAACGACAAGGAAAGAAUAGCAGCAGCUAUGGAGAAUCCCAACCUCCGGAAACUUGUUGAAAAAUGUGUCAGCAUCGAGGAUUACUGAAAAGAGACCUUGGGCUACUAUUGAAACUCUAGCAUUGCAGGAGGUUUAAGUGCGGUGGUUGAAUCAAGUAGGCGUGUUCAAGCGUUCUGUAGAAACGUAUUGUACCUUGCUAGAAGCAUGUGAAGGUGAACCACCUUCUGACCCGGUCUGAAGCGUACCAAAGCAAACCGUGGCUUGAUGAUGGUGUUAACUCAGGCUGACCUUCACCCAACUGUAUCAGAGCGGCAAGUGGUAAAAUGAAAAUCAGGGAACGUAGCGAAGUGUACAGAUUGAUACCCGCGAGAAAAGCGCAUCUGGAUGCUUUCAAAAUGAACCAUACUGCUUGUACGAAAAAAGCUCAUGAAUCCCAUGAAUGUAUUAAACAGUGUCCCUUUUGAGCAGGAAACUCUUUAACAUUAUCUUCGGAAGGUGGUUUCAGCGAGGUAGAAGCACUGUGGCAGCUGGUUCUGAUCAAAAUUGCAUUUUUGAUUGUGGAAUUGUGGAUCUAGUAUAUGAUGGGUUUGUUGGAAUAAAUUGGAUAAAUUUUGUGCAGAAUUACCAGUGUUGUCUUUGACAAGAUGUACCCAUGCCAUUAUAUAGUGCGUCCCAGAAAAAAGGAAACCGGGAUUCCCACAUCUCUUUGUCUUCAAAGGCAAAUUAAUUAAGAUAUUUUUCAUUUACAUAAUCAUCUAAUUCAAUUAUUCCUCUACAUUCUGUUACCUAAUAUGUGACGAACACUUCUCGCACUUAUGAGCAAAAGGA